AUGCAGUGUUCAUGCCCUCAAGUGCAACAGCCAUGCAUAUGUGGUGAACAACCUCAGCCAUGUGUUCCGCAGUGUCAAGAAGUAUGUCAACGACAAUGUGUCGGUACGCAAUGUCGGCCAGUCUGCUGGAAAACCUGCUCAUCCACCUGUCAACCACCUCGACCACCUGUACCAGUUAUCCCACAUACUGUACCAACUUUGCCACCUACCAUACCAACUAUACCACCAACUCUUCCACCAGUAACAUUCCCACCUAUGCCUCAACCUCAACCAUGUUGUCAACCAAUGGUUGGAAGUUUGAUUUCUUGA